AUGGAGCAACAACUACAGAGGGAUCUGCCUUUCCGGGCAGCGCAGCAUACCGAAGAACAACAAUUGUCACCACAACUUCCGCCGUCGCCCACUCGCUCUUCGACGGGCAGCAGCACCCGGUCGCGCAAGUCGACGCUAACCCUUGACCUCGCCAACCUCCCCCCGCUGAUCAAGCCAACACCACCCUGCAACACGCUGAUCUUCACCAACCUCCAAUCGCGUGACAUCUUCUCUCCGGACAACCUCCAGCAGAUUCGUGACCUCAUCGAGAAAAUCGCCCGCAUUCACGCCUUUUCCCCGCUGAAAUCUCUCAGCCGCAUUAUUGUCUCGUUCUACAGCGUUAAGGACGCCGUUGCAGUGCGCGAGAUCUGGGACGGCGAGCCCAUUAUGGGCGACCGUUGCCGUGUAUACUUCGGCCAGCCGACGCCGCUCACGACACAACCACACAAAUUGGCGCUGCCUGACGCGGGCAAGCUCUUCUUCAUCUCUCCCCCCCCUAGCCCGCCGCACGGAUGGGAACAGACAAUGGAGGACGCACCCAACAAGAUGGUGCACGCCGACGACCUAGCCGAAGCGCUGGCCCGGCUGAGGCACCACAACAAUCCCAACGGCUCCGAAUUGGCCAGCGCUAUGGCGAUGGGGUCGCCCGUGUCGCCAGUCGAGAGCAGUCGGGGCCCGCAGCGGAGCCGCAGCUCGACCCUGGUAUUCCAACCGAACCCGGAGCUGGGCGCGAGCCCGGACCUGCCGUGUGUUAUUAUUCAUGACAUGACGGAUGAGCCCGAGGACAUGAGCCCGAUUGCGCCCCCGGCGAGCAAGCCGAUCAUGGCGCAUACUUCCCGGCCGCCGGUCGAGUUGAUGCACGAUGCUUAA